AUGGCCCUGCACCAGUACGACUACCUCCUCGCCGUCGGCACCGUCUUUUCCUUCCUCGAUGCCUGGAACAUCGGCGCCAACGAUGUGGCCAACUCCUGGGCGAGCUCCGUCUCCUCCCGCUCCGUCUCCUAUCUCCAGGCCAUGAUGGGUGCUUCCGUCAUGGAGUUUGGCGGCGCCCUCGGCGUCGGCGGCCGUGUCGCCGAUACCAUUCGGACCAAGGUCGUCGACAUCGCCGCUUUCGACCAACGGCCGGCCCUGCUCAUGCUCGGCAUGGUCUGUGCCGUCGUCGCCUCGGCGAGCUACCUCACCAUGGCGACGCGGCUGGGGAUGCCCGUGUCCACGACGCACUCCAUUCUCGGCGGCGUCUUGGGCAUGGGCGUCGGUGCCCUCGGCAAGGAUGGCAUCACCUGGGUUGGAUACAAGGAGAACGGAGCCAUCAACCUCAAGGACGGCGUCAUCCAGGUCUUCCUCGCGUGGAUCAUAGCGCCCGUCAUGUCGGGAGUCUUUGGUGCCGCCAUCUUUCUCAUCACAAAGUACGGUGUCCUGCUUCGGCGAAACCCGACGAUCAAGGGCUUGAUGCUCGUGCCCGUGUACUUCUCCAUCACCGCCUCCCUCAUCGUCAUGCUCCUCAUCUGGAAGGGCGGCGACUACACCGUCAACCUGAGCGACGCCGAGAUUCCGGCCGUCAUCGUCGCCGUCGGCGCCGCUUGGGGCCUCCUCAUGGCCGUCUUUCUCGUCCCCUGGAUGUACCGCGUCGUCGUCAAGGAGGACUGGCAGCUUCGCGCCUGGCACGUCGUGCAGGGCCCCUUUCUACUGCGUCGCGGACCCGUGCCUCCGCCGCCGGCCGACUUCACCGGCGUCGUACGCAACUUUUACGAGGGGCACCUGACCCGCGAGGAGCUGGACGCCCGUCGGGCCUGCGGCGCCGCCGUGACCGCCGGAGACGUCGAGAGCCAACACGUCAGCAAGGAAGCUGAUGACAUCGUCGCCUCUGCCUUGUCCGCGCAGAGCUCCGGCGUCGGGGCCGACGGCGUCGUGAUGAAGCACAAGUCGCUGGUAGGACCAAAGCCCGAUGCUCCCUGGCAUAGUCGUGCGUACCUCUGGUGGCUCGCCAAGUGGCUACUCCUUCGCGGCGUGGACCAGGACGUCGUCGGCUCCCAGAGCGAAAAGUCCGUCCUUGCCGGUGAUGUUGAGGAGAUUCAUGCCCGCGCCCGCCACUUCGACAACCGCACCGAGUUUCUAUACACCUUCCUCCAGGUCAUGACCGCCGCCGCCGCUUCCUUCACCCACGGUGCCAACGACGUGGCCAACGCUGUCGGCCCGUACGCGACCAUCUAUCAGAUCUGGCGCAGCGGCCUCAUUCCUGGCAAGCAGUCAAACGUGCCGCUUUGGAUCCUUGCUUUCGGCGGUUGCGGCAUCGUCAUCGGCCUUUGGACGUACGGAUACCACAUCAUGCGUAAUUUGGGCAACCGCAUGACCCUCAUGUCGCCAGCACGCGGUUUCUCCAUGGAGCUGGGAUCCGUCAUUACCGUCAUCAUGGCCACCCGACUUGCGCUUCCCGUCUCUACCACGCAAUGCAUCACCGGCGCCAUCGUCGGCGUUGGGCUCUGCAACGGCGACUGGCGUGCCAUAAACUGGCGCAUGGUCGCCUGGAUCUAUCUCGGCUGGUUCAUCACCGUCCCUGUCUCUGGACUGAUAUCCGGGAUUCUCAUGGCAUUCAUCACCUAUGCGCCGCGCUGGUAG